GGCUCGUGCCACGUCUGUCGUAGCGAGUCUUGCCAGGUCCCGCAGCCGCCGCCCCGAGCCGCGGCGCACGGGACUGGACCGGGAGUAUCAUGGGCAGCGCGGCCCCGCGCUCCACCUCCGCGCUGCUCCUGCUGCUGCUGCUGCUGCUGCUCCGGGCCGAGCGGACGCGGGGCGCCGAGCUCACUUUCGAGCUGCCCGACAGCGCCAAGCAGUGUUUCCACGAGGACGUGGAGCAGGGCGUGAAGUUCUCCCUGGAUUACCAGGUCAUCACUGGAGGCCACUACGAUGUUGACUGCUAUGUGGAGGACCCCCUGGGAAACACCAUCUACAGGGAAACCAAGAAACAGUAUGACAGCUUCACGCACCGGGCGGAGGUCAAGGGCGUUUAUCAGUUUUGCUUCAGUAAUGAGUUUUCCACCUUCUCUCACAAGACCGUCUACUUUGACUUUCAAGUGGGUGACGAGCCCCCCAUUCUCCCAGACAUGGGGAACAGGGUUACCGCUCUCACGCAGAUGGAGUCCGCCUGUGUGACCAUUCACGAGGCUCUGAAGACGGUUAUUGACUCCCAGACGCAUUACCGGCUCCGGGAGGCCCAGGACCGGGCCCGGGCUGAAGACCUGAAUACCCGAGUCUCUUACUGGUCUAUCGGUGAGACGAUCGCCCUGUUCGUGGUCAGCUUCAGCCAGGUGCUGCUGCUGAAAAGCUUCUUCACAGAGAAACGACCCGUCAGCAGGGCGGUCCACUCCUAGUCGAGGAGUGUGCUCCAGGGCCCCUCACACCCCAGGAUGGACCCACUCUCCUAGGUCACAGGCUCCUGCUGGGCUGCUGGGUGCAACCCAGGGCAGGGGCAGAGCUGCCUGGAGAAGAGCAUGGGGUGACGUGCUCUCACCUUGCCUUCUCCUCAGGUGCUUAAUCCUUGUACUCCAGCAGCCAAAACUCAGAGCCCAGUAAUCAGAAGGCAUCCAGUUGCAUUAUGUGACACAAUGAAAAAGGUUUACCAUCAGGUGAGGGAUUGGCCACUGUGGGAGGGCAGACGGGCAGUAGUCCAGGCCUGGCUGGUAGGGAGAACCCCUUGUGCCCAGGCCUCCAGGGGGCAGCCCAGGGCUCUCCUCUGCUCUGUUAGGCAUCGGUCAUUGGCUUGUGUGUGUCCUACCGGUGCAGAGAAGAAGGGGGCCCUCAGUCUGGCCUUCCUUCAUGGAGCUCUCUGUACCUGAGGAAACCAGGCCCUGACGUGGCUCUGCAGAAUUUCCCACCCCAGGUGAGCAGUGGUAUCAGCCAAUCCAGCAGGAGCAAAACGGUGACUGGGUGCCCUUGGUUAGUUGUGUAUCUCCUAGGAGGCGGAACUCUGGCUAAUAAAAACUAAGUGUGAGCGCCAUGGAGACUUGUGCCUUUAUUUAUUUGCCCUAAAGGACCUCACAGCUUAGU